UAUCUUACGCAAGCAAGGCCUCCAAAUCCGCAAAAUUCAAUCGUUCAACAGUUAACGAAGUUGUGUCCAUUGAUUCGUGGUCUCUUGACCACAGGUUAGGGGUUUGCCACGAAGCUAAGCUAAGUGCUGAACAAAAGCGUGUUUUUUCCUCCCUUUAAAUGCAACUAAUGAACGUACAAAAUCUUUGCUAUUCCUUUCCAUUAUGUUGUAAAUUACAACAAAAUUAACUUUUGAAAUGGAGCUGGCGACGCCCUCUUCUUCACAGGAAGCUGUGCCGCCAAUGGCAUCGGCCAGCCGAGGCCCUGCGAGAUUCAGCACUCAGGCCAACGCUCUCUUGAGAAAGAAUUUAACGUUUCAGAAACGCAAUUUGAAAACAAAUUUGGGUCUUGUCAUCUUCCCACUUAUGCUAUGUGUGUUGCUGUUCAUCUUACAAGCACUGGUAAACAAUCAACUGAAUUCCUCCAAGUAUCAAUGUGGAUGCAAACGUGUACAAACAAACGGCACUGGUCAUACUACAGAGAUCUGUGGUAUACAGUAUUCAGAUUCAGAUCAAGUUGGUGCUUGUGCAAUACCUAGCCCUCCAGAGUGGCCUGCAUUUCUGCAAGUGCCAAAAUUUCAGUAUCGAGCUGUCAAAUCUGAUUCUAGUGAAUUCACAAAUCUUCCAGACAAUUCUUGUUUGAAAGAUAACUCUUGCCCUGUGACUUUCCUUUACACAGGGAAUAAUAAAUCUAUGGCAGAAACCUUGACAAGGGAACUAGUAACAGAUACUCUUCCAACAAACUUUUCAGACCCGCUGAAAACAUUCUCAGUUCUGAUUCCUGGAACUGACAGCAAACCCGAGACAUCGAAUUACAUAGAGCCUGCUUUUCUGACUAAUUCCUCUAUAUAUGUUGUACAACCAUCAUGUCAAGGAAAUUUGAAUUUAUUAGGCUCCUUUCAGCUAGGAGGAAUUACAUUACCCUUUCAGAUGGAGUGUGUGGAAAGUUCAGUUAUAUGGCGUGAUAAUUCAUUAGUUGUAAACAAAGAACUUUAUCAAGGUUACCGUCAAGGAAAUUCUGCCAGAAAAAUCAAUGAGAUUGUUACAGCUUAUGAUUUUAUGAACUCAAAUGCAAAGAAUUUCAAUGUGACUGUUUGGUACAAUGGAACUUAUAAGAAUGAUUCUACAAAUAGUGCAUACUCACUGCUGAGGAUACCACGCUCUAUUAAUCUGGUGUCACAAGCCUUUCUUCGUCUUUUCAAAGGUGCAAAUGUGCAGAUGCCACUUGAAUUUGUGAAAGAGAUGCCAAAACCUGCAACAAAGCUAAGGCUGGACUUUUCUUCUAUUCUUGGUCCAUUGUUUUUCGUGUGGGUUAUUCAAUUACUCUUUCCUGUAAUCUUGGUCUCUUUGGUAUAUGAGAAGCAAAGGAAUUUGCGGAUUAUGAUGAAAAUGCAUGGAUUGGGAGAUGGACCAUAUUGGUUAAUUACAUAUGGUUAUUUUUUGGUCCUUUCAAUCAUCUACAUGUUAUGCUUUGUGGUUUUUGGCUCUGCUAUAGGGCUGAAGUUCUUCCAGUUGAAUGAUUACAGCAUACAGCUAGUUUUUUAUUUUAUCUACAUCAACUUACAGAUAGCACUUGGAUUUCUAGCAGCAACUGCUUUUUCUAAUGUUAAAACAGCUACAGUUGUUGGAUAUCAAUAUGUAUUUGGAUUUGGACUACUGGGGGCGUUCGUUUUUCAAUUCUUUAUGGAGGACACAAGUUUUCCAAAAAUCUGGGUCUUGGUUAUGGAGCUUUUACCAGGUUUCUCUUUGUAUCGAGGACUUUAUGAACUGGCAGAUUAUUCUUUAACAGGGGUCAAUCAGGGAACUGAUGGUAUGCGAUGGAAAAACUUGAAUGAUCAUGACAAUGGCAUGAAAGAAGUUUUGAUCAUCAUGUUCAUUGAAUGGUUAAUUAUACUUCCACUUGCAUACUAUUUAGACCAAGUAGUUUCUUUGGGAAGUGGAGUAAGGAGGCAUCCUUUAUUCUUUUUGGACUCGAUAAGGAAGACAUACCGACCAUCCUUCAGAAGACCAAGUUUGAAAGCGCAGAGCUCAAAGUCAAAAGUGACAGUGGAGAUGGAAAAAGCUGAUGUUGCACAAGAGAGGGAAGUGGUGGAACAGUUACUACAAUCUUCUACUCAAUCCCAUCCCAUAAUUUGUGAUAGCCUUAAGAAGGUCUAUCCAAGACAAGGUGGUAAUGCUGAAAAAUAUGCAGUCCAUGGUUUGUCACUUGCUGUACCUCGAGGAGAGUGCUUUGGUAUGCUUGGUCCCAAUGGUGCUGGGAAGACUACCUCCAUUAACAUGAUGAUUGGACUUUCAGCUCCUACUUCCGGAACAGCAUACAUACAGGGUAUGGAUAUACGUACAGAUAUGGACAAAAUCUACACAAGCAUGGGUGUUUGUCCACAGCAUGACCUGAUCUGGGAAACUCUUUCCGGAAGGGAACAUCUUUUAUUUUAUGGUAGGCUGAAGAAUCUCAAAGGUGCACCCCUUCGAAUUGCUGUAGAAGAAUCCCUAAAAAGUGUAGAUCUUUUCAAUGGAGGGGUUGGUGACAAGCAAGUGGGAAAAUACAGUGGUGGCAUGAAGAGAAGGCUUAGUGUUGCCAUUUCUCUAAUUGGAGAUCCUCAAGUUGUGUAUAUGGAUGAGCCCAGUACAGGACUGGACCCAGCUUCAAGAAGUAAACUGUGGAAUGUUGUGAAGCAGGCAAAGCACGAGCGAGCAAUCAUUUUGACAACACAUUCAAUGGAAGAGGCAGAGGUGCUCUGUGACCGCCUGGGCAUUUUUGUUGAUGGACAACUGCAGUGCAUAGGAAAUUCUAGAGAGCUCAAGGCAAGGUAUGGAGGAUCAUAUGUUCUCACCAUAACUACAUAUUCAAAUGAGGAGAACGAGGUGGAAAAGUUGGUACAGAGUCUAUGUAGAAAUGCAAGGAAAGUGUACAGUCUUUCUGGCACACAGAAAUUUGAACUACCAAAAGUGGACGUAAAAAUUACUGACAUAUUUCGGACCAUAGAGCAUGCUAAACGUUACCUCACCAUUCAAGCUUGGGGUGUCGCUGAUACAACUCUAGAAGAUGUAUUUAUUAAAGUUGCACACGAGUCUCAAUCAGAAGCUAUUUUUUCAUGACCAUUGAUACCACUGCUUAGAGUAAUGAACGAAAGACAAAUUUAUUUCUUUUAAUAUACCAGCUAUAUGUUAUGCAUCAGACAUGUUGCAUCAAUUCAGUACUAGGUGUAAGAUAUAAAUUCAUACAUCAUCGCUAUGUUUUCAUCAGUUUAGUAAACUAUGAUUCCUGUAUAUGUUCACAUAUUUUAAGUAAUAGAAAUUUUCAUUUUGCAAA